AUGAUGAACAAAGAGAAACUGGAUUUGGAGCUGAUGAGGUCUGACAUUCUGAAACAAAGUGACAUAUUAGAACAAGUGAUACAAGAUAUAGAAGAAGAAAAAGACAAACUGGAAAUCACAAAGACUGAGCUACAAAAGCAGAAAGAACAUGCAGACAGUCAGUUUGAUGAGAUCAACAGACAGAAAACCAACAUUAAAGAUCUGACCCUUCAGCUUCAGACAGAAAGAGACAAACUUGACAAUGUCGCAAACAGGAUUACCGUAAAACAAGAACAACAACAACUCAAGGAAGAAGAGUUCAAAAGACAAACACAAGAACUGGAAACCAGUAAGAACAGUUUACUGGUAGAAAGAGAAGAACUGGAACUUUUGAGGAAGGAUCUCAACAGGAAGAAAGAAGAGGUUGAAGCUGCCCCGAUCACCAUUAGUGGAGAGAGGGAACAACUCAAUGAGAUGAAGAUUAGUACUGACAAUGACAGACGAAUGCUCGAGAAAGAAAAGGACAGAAUGGAAGGAGAAAGGUCUGAGGUGAAAAUGAGAGAAGCUCAACUCUUGAAUGAAUUGAAAUCCCUAGAAUAUCUGAGGGAAAAGCUGCAACAGCUGGAUGAAAGGAUGAGUGAAGACGUGAAAAACAAAAUCAUGAGACUGGAGCAAAACAAUGAAGACUUAUUAAAACUGUUGAGUGUUUUGGGGCAAAAGCAUUAG